AUGGACACCAUAGAAAUUCGUGAAAGGGAACAGAGCAGACUGCAACCGGACAGCAGCUCUUCGUCUUCUGAAGGUGAAAACGACGUUGACGACUACGACGCCGCCCGCGUGGGCGGGACAACCACCUGUGGUCCUCGAGUCUAUCCUGCGGUAAUCGCAGAAGAAGAGGCAGAAUGCCGGAAAUACGUCUAUGUUGGACAAGCUGUUGAUUCUCAGGCGGACUUGGAAAGUAGUGAGUUGACAAUCUUCUCAACUUUGAGGUAUUCUUCUCCUUGAAG